AUGGUACUGUUUUCGCGCAAGCCGGAGGAUGGAGAACUGGAAGAAGGGGAGCUGGAGGACGAUGGAGGGGAGGAGGCGCAGGAUCCCUCCGAAUCUCACGAAAGAGGUCGGAAGGAGAAAGGGGAGAAGCAUCACAGCGAUUCCGAUGAUGAGAAAACCCAUCGACGCAUGAAGCGCAAGCGGCGGAAAGAGAGAGAGAAAGAGAAAAGGAGAUCCAAGAAGAAAAGGAAAUCCAAACACAAGCGCCACGCUUCUUCCAGCGAUGACUUCUCUGAUUACAGCGAUGAUUCGGACUUCAGUCCUGGUGAAAAGGGACACCGAAAAUACCGGGAAUACAGCCCGCCUUACUCUUCCUCCCACCAGCAGUACCCGUCCUCUCACGGCGCUCCCAUGCCAAAGAAGAGCUACUCUAAAAUGGAGAGCAAGAAUUACGGCAUGUACGAGGACUACGAGAACGAGGAGUACGGUCAGUACGAGGGGGAAGAGGACGAAGAUAUGGGGAAGGAAGAUUAUGAUGACUUUGCGAAAGAGCUGAACCAAUACCGCCGAGCGAAGGAAGGCUCUCACCGGGGGCGAGGUGGCCGUGGCCGAGGCCGAGGGUACCGAGGGCGAGGUGGCAGAGGGGGAAUGAGAGGAGGUCGUGGCAUGGGCCGAGGGAACCGAGGGCGAGGCAGAGGCGACCACCCCGAGGAAGAGGAGGAAAUGUAUGACGAAGAGAUGGAGUACUGCGAUAACGAGGAGCCCAUCGGCGAUGACGACUACGACGACUACUCGAAAGAGCUCAAUCAGUACCGCAGGAGUAAGGAGAAUCGUGGCCGGGGUUUAAAUCGAGGACGCGGUCGCGGCCCCAGAGGGAGAGGCAAUAAAGGAAUGGGCAGAGGACGAGGCAGAGGUGGAAACAGAAGUGGAAUGGGGAAAGGCGGCGGAAUGAACGACGACGACGAUUACUAUGAUGAGGACAUGGGAGAUGGAGGAGGCGGUGGGAAUUACCGACGGAACGACCACGACAAACCCCACCAGCAGUCGGAUAAGAAAGGCAAAGUGAUCUGCAAAUACUUUGUGGAAGGCCGGUGCACCUGGGGCGACCACUGCAAUUUCAGUCAUGACAUUGAACUACCAAAGAAACGGGAACUGUGCAAGUUCUACAUCACCGGCUACUGCGCCAGGGCUGAAAACUGCCCUUACAUGCAUGGGGACUUCCCUUGUAAGCUGUUCCACACCACGGGCAACUGUAUCAACGGGGAUGACUGCAUGUUUUCGCACGAUCCGCUCACGGAGGAGACACGGGAGCUUCUGGACAAGAUGCUGGCGGAUGACGCGGAAGCGGGCGCGGAGGAUGAGAAAGAAGUCGAAGAGCUAAAGAAACAAGGCAUCAAUCCUCUCCCCAAACCCCCUCCUGGGGUGGGCUUGCUGCCCACACCCCCUCGUCCUCCCGGACCUCCGGCUCCAACCUCUCCGAACGGGAGACCCAUCCCUGGAGGUCCUCCUCCUCCUCCUCCGCCGCCGCUUCCACCUCCGGGGCCGCAGAUGCCGCCACCGAUGCACGAACCUCUGUCGCCGCAACAGCUGCAGCAACAGCAGGACAUGUACAAGAAGAUCCCUUCCUUGUUUGAGAUCGUCGUGCGGCCCACGGGGCAGCUGGCGGAGAAACUGGGCGUGAGGCACCCAGGUCCGCCACCCCCCAGGUUCCCUGGACCGGGAGGACCCCCGGGACCGAUGCCUGGACCCAUGCACCCCGAUAUGCACCCCGAUAUGCACCCGGACAUGCACCCAGACAUGCACCCAGACAUGCACCCCGAUAUGCAUCCAGAUAUGCACCCUGACAUGCACCCGGAUAUGCCGAUGGGUCCGGGAAUGAAUCCCGGUCCUCCGAUGGGUCCCGGACCCCCUAUGAUGCCCUACGGACCGGAUGAUUCCCCUCAUUCCGGCAUGAUGCCCCCCGGCCCACCUCCGCAAGGUUUCUACGAUAAUUUUUACCAGCAACAAGAAGGUCUGGACAUGGAUCACGGCAUGAUGGGAGAUCCAGAAGACUACGGCGGUUACGAGGAUAUGGAAGGACCUCCGGGAGAGCACAUGUUUCCCGAUCCGUCCUUGGAUCACGACGCUUUGUGCGAAGGAGGUCCUCCUGGCUUACCGAAACCACCGGGCAGCAUUCCCGAUUUCAUGCCAUCGGCGCAAAGAGCCCUUUACUUGAGAAUCCAACAGAAACAGCAAGAGGAAGAGGAGAGAGCUCGGCGAUUAGCCGAGAGCAAUAAGCAGGAACGCGAAAACGAGGAAGGCGACACCGGUAACUGGUAUUCCAGCGACGAAGACGACGGUGGAAGUAGCGUCACCUCCAUAUUGAAAACCUUAAGGCAACAAAGCUCCGGCAGACCCCACGGCGAACUGGGGCCGCCCUCCGGCGUGAGCGACCCUCGUUUGCAAAAACCCCAAGCGGGAGGGAGCGGUCGGCCCGCCGAUCCCCGGUUACGGGAUCCCAGGCUUUCCCGGAAUCCCGAUCUUUCUCUCCAAUCUCUCACCGCCGAUUAGGGACCCACCGAUCCCCGCUUGGCGCGACACAUUCCCUCCUCCGUCCCCAAACCAGAAACUCCUCAUUCCGGCGGCGGUCAGAAACCCCCUCUGCUCCCCGAGGAGGAGGACGGGGAAAGGGCUUUACGCGAUAAACCCGUCAACAUCCCUUUGGAUGCUCUCCCGGGUCAUUCCCUCCGGGAUCCUCGUUCUCAACUGCAGCAGUUCAGUCACAUCAAAAAAGACGUCGUCCUCAACAAACCCAACUUCGCCCGGAUGAUCCUCUGGAGCCCGGAGGAUUUAAUUCCGCUCCCGAUCCCUAAACAAGAGUUUAUUCCCGUCCCGGCUGCCCUUCAAUCCAUGCCGACCCUCGAUCCUCGUCUUAACAGGAUAUUAAAGACUGUCAACGCCGCCGGCGGCCCCACCGCCGCCGCUCCCAGCGACAAACCCAGCGACCCCCGCAAACGGAAAGCCCCCGCCGAUCCCAGGUUACAAAAAUCCGCCGAAACGGGGGUUUCGAAAAUUCCUAAAUUGACGGAACCGGCUAAUUCCGGCGACGAUGCCGCUCCGGCUAUCGCUCCCUACGAUCCUCGGCUGCUGACGGCCGGCGGGUUGAGCAAAAGCAGCGGGCAGAGCAGCAGCGUGCUGAGCGCCAUCAGUUUGUACGACCCCAGGACUCCCAAUUCAUCCGGCAAAACCUCCGAGUCACCGAACGACGGCAACUCGUCCGCCAAAUCCUCCGAAUCCGGCAAAACCCCCGGUAAAAAAGAACCUCUUUUCGUUCGCCGCUCGGCUUUGGAUCAACCCGAAGCGGAAAAAACCAACGUGGAAUCCGCUACGGACAGGUACAACAGUUAUAACCGUCCGCGACCUAAAACAGCUUCCCAAAUUCAAGAAACGCUUCCCCAACCCGGAAUUCAUAAUCUUCCCGUUCCUUCCGUUUACGGCAUGGUGAAACCCGCCGCCAAAUCGGGUUCGGCGAGUCCUUUCGCCGGGAAUAGCCCGGCGCGGGACGGCGGCGAGCAACAAGACGCCGCUUCCCUUAAAGACGUCUUUAAGGGUUUCGAUCCUACGGCUUCCCCUUUCUGGAAGGUGCAGAGUUAG